CUUAUCGCAGAUGUCUAAGCUGACAGAAGUCUUGCAGCUCCUCAGCCGUCAUAUGUGAGUUUUAUCCUUAUGGUGUAAGAUCUUAACAGCUCAAGAACAUUAUUACGACACAGCCCUUGCCUUACGGGAAGUGGGCGGUUCUAAACAAGAACCACUGGAAGGGACGUGACCAACGGGAUCGCUAGCAAUUCUUUAAAAAGUGUGACUUUGUGGAGUCCUUAAAUGUGCUGCUCGUUUAGCAGUUGUGACUUUUUCUGAUGUUAGUUUCAUGCAGUUGUCAGGAUGUCUUCAAUGCUGCUCCAGUUGUUCAGAUUGUCUUUCAUCGCGUCUGUGCUCCAUGCUGAACACGAGAAGACUUCUGACUUGAGCGUUGUCCAGCAGACAGUCAUGGACACCUUCCACAUGGAGGAAUACGGAAGCUAUCUGGUGAUUGCUCCACAGAGUUCAGUGGUUGAAAUCGGCACUAACUUCACAGCUACCUGUGUGAUCACUAACACAGAUGAAGUCACUGCAGAUGAUCUCUACUGGAAUCGAUCAUUGUCAUCUGUUGUACCCAAAGAAUACUACACAAAGAUCAAUGUUUCAGCACUAGCUGUGACCAUCCCCAUCACCAGCAGAGAAUCAGAGUGGCUUUUUUGUCUUGCCAACAAAAAGUCUGCCUUUGUGCUCCUGAAUAAAAGCAAAUUCAUGAAUGGGAUCUGGCUCAAAAAACGCUAUCCCCCAAAGAGAGCAACAAACAUCUCCUGUGUAGCAGAGCAGAAGGAGAAUGAACCGAGCUUCCCGGUUUUGAGUUGUACGUGGGAAACAGUCGGUCAUCAAACCAAGGAUGAACAAACAACGUACACACUGAUGGUGGAAUUUCCAUUUCCUCGCCUUAAUCGUGCAGAUUGCAUCACGGGCGUCUUUUGCAAAGGCAUAAUCAACCGUACUGAAACAUAUACUUCAUCUCCGACACCUCACAACAAGGCCUCUGUGUCUUUUGGAAGUUUCCCCCAUCAUAUGAACCUGGAUAUUUGGGUGGUGUCCCAAAGUUCACUUGGAAAGAUUGAGUCUGAGCAUCUGAGACAGGAUGCACAUUACUUUGUGAAAACAUCUGCUCCAUCCAAUGUGAAAGUCAUCGUAGAACAGAGCUUUCCUACUUCGCUUCUCGUAAAGUGGCAACAUCCUAUUGAUCAAGUAUAUAUAAAACUGACGUCUCAAAUCCGAUUCUGCCAAGAUGGAUCCCUUGACUGGCGCUAUGUGGAUGUACCUAAUGCAGAUACAUCCGUCCAAACUUCCUUCAGACUGCAGGAUCUUCAACCAGGCAAAGAUUAUGUCAUUCAGGUGCGCUGCAAAAACGUUAGGCGGAACCGUGGCUACUGGAGCGACUGGAGUGACAGUGUUACUGAAAAAACACCAGAGGAUCGACCUACAAGUAAACCAGAUUUGUGGUGGAAGUCUGAGAACGGAGAAGCACAGCUCAUUUGUAAGGAACCCAAAUUUUCCAAUGGAAGGAUAACUGCUUACAGCAUAAAAUUGAGGUACACCAAAAAGGAAGGGGAGCAAGAGAUUAUCCCAGUUAACGGGUCUGGAACCCAGCAAAGCGUUGAUCAAAAGCCGGUCACUUUGCUUAAAAGGAUUUCCCUGGCUGACAAACCUUCCGUAAGAGUGUGCGUCGCUGCCAUUAAUUCUGUGGGGACAUCUCCAGAGGCAUGUUUGCACAUCCCUGCAAAACCAUCUGGGACACAAACAGUGGAAGGAAUGAAUGUGUCAACCCUGGAUGGUCAGAUGUUUGUGGAAUGGAAACAGCCCAACAGCGCGGCUGUAACUGAAUAUGUGAUCGAGUGGAUGAGCAAUGGAAAAAUAGACUGGCAAAGGGAAAGAAACAGCACCAACAAAACAGCAAUUAAAGGGAAGCUUCAGCCCUAUGUUUGCUACAACGUGUCGGUGUAUCCGAUACAGUCAGGAUUUAUUAGGAAGCCAGCACGCUUAGAGGCCUAUUUGAAGCAAGGAGCUCCUUCAGAGGGCCCUAGUACCCAGAGCAACCCAGCAUAUUAUAGUGCAGAACUCUGGUGGAAUCCCAUUCCACUGGACAAGAGACGGGGCUUCAUCACAAACUACACAAUCUUCUACCAAAAGGACCAUCAACUUAAAAACAUAACUGUCCCAGGUAACAUCACCUCCUACGAUCUGACUAAUCUGUCGGGCAACACCAAGUAUGAUGUGUGGAUCACAGCUUCAACCAUCGCAGGCUCAGGAAAAGGCAUCAGUCACUCAUUCACCACUCUGAAAUAUGCACCAGAAAUGGUGGCAGGCGUUGUGGUUGGAGUGAGCCUGGGCUUUCUGUUCUUCGUUCUCAUGACUACCCUGCUGUGCUUCUACAAAAAAGAGGUAAUAAAGAAGAACCUCUGGCCACAGAUUCCUAACCCUGGUGAGAGCACCAUUGGAAACUGGUCUCCUGAUUAUCCUUCAAAGGUGGAGACCCCAAAGGAAAACUGUGUCACAGGUGUCUGUGUGCUUAAUGUUGGUGUCUGUGAAGUAACGCCUGGCUUUGAAGAGGACAAGACCAGUCUGUCUCUGAAGAAGGACAAGUACCUGUCUGAGGAGCACAGCAGCGGUAUUUUUGGCUCCUCAUGCAUGUCCUCGCCUCGCCAGAGUGUCUCUGACAGCGACGAGGGCCCUGACCUUGCUGACUCCACAGCCAGCACUGUUCAGUACUCCUCUGUUGUGGCUUCCAGUGGUUACAAGGGGCAGAACCCUGCCCCCCAACCGCAGCAUUCCAUUUUUUCCCGGUCUGAGUCCACGCAGCCGCUGCUGGACUCGGAGGAGCACCCAGACAUUGUGCAGGAGGGAUCCAGACAGGUCCAGUGUUCUCCCAGAGAGUCGUUAUUUACUCAUGGUGCAGAGAACCAGAACACUAUUGAGUCUGAUAAUUGCAGGCUGCUGGGAAUGGAACAGCAUGACUUCUGUCCCCUCAAAGAGGAGGCUGAGCAGACCACAGAGUCAGACAGCCAGUCAGCUGAUGCUGAGUCGGCCUCCCCAUUGUCUAGCUAUAUGCCUCAGUUGGGUGGUUACAGACCUCAGUAAGAAAAUGGCUGGCUAUAUUCUUUUAUUUCAUUUAAAGCCUUUGACACAGUGAAAUAACGCUGUCCUAUGUUAAUUUCCACUUCAACAUAUGUUUAUCGUGUAGGGCUCUAUGUUUGUACAGUAUGAUGUAAACGACAGCCUGUAGCAGUAAUUGAUGACAGUCAGACUAGAUCAGCCAGUUCCAUGUCCAACUAAUGAGAGAUUACUGAACCUGCAUGCCUUAGGUCUCCUGACUGCGAAGCUCAGUCUGAAUCCACAUUCACAGAACAUAUAUUUGUGCGGCAGCAUGGACGAUACAAGUUUUUUCCAAGCGUUUUCUGCUGUGGGUUAAAAUGGCAGUUGGCUGUUAUUCUUGUAUGAGGCUUAAGUGUAGCAUUUUAACUAACUCAACCUGAAAACUGGUUUAUGGUAAAUGGACUGAACCUAUAUAACGCUAUUGCAAUCAUACUGACCACUCAAAGUGCUUUACAGUAUAGCCACAUUUACUCAACAUGCACACAUUAGUGGUUACACCGAUCCGCAACUUGGGGUCAAGUGCCUUGCCCUGGGGCACAUCGCCAUGUCACAGGGGGAAUGUGGAAUCAAACCCACAACUUUCUGAUUACUACUCUACCCACUGAGCCACAGUCACCCAGACGUAUGUGUGUUUACCAGCUGUUCAUUUAGAGAAAGCUGUAAUGAUCGGCAAGCAUGAACACGACAAGGCUUUACCACGUUAAUGGAACAUGUUACCUGUGUAAGAAGAGACAAGGGUGGAGUUUAUUGGUCUCUGCGUAGUAACCACUCUCAACAUUUCACCUUUUUAAACAAAACACACCGCUAUCAGCAUGUUUUCAGAUAUUUCCACAGUAAAUCGCAGGACCACAGGAAGAUGGAAGAGAAACCUGUUUCAGUAUCUCCCUGUGCUGAGCUGCAUACUGAUCUGAACUGUGGAACAGGAAAAAAAAAACUUUUGUGGGAGAUCAGCUAGACUGUUUUUUUGUGAAAGAAUUGGCUAACAGUGUAGUGGGGGAAGUGAAAGGGGUCUGCAGUCUUUCCUGUUGUACCGUAACUCAAAUGGAGGCUCCACAGGGCAGUGUUUGGCACUCAUGGAAGCAAAAACAGUGCUGGAUCAAAUGAAACUGACUAAUAUGUUACACAGAGAAGAUGGUGGUUGUUUAUUAUGCAACUGCAGUUCAAGUGGAGAUGCGUUAUCGUGAUAUUUUUAUAGAAACUGGCUUUUCAUUUCAGUGCUAUAAUAAAACAUUAGUAGGAAGUACUUGCAGGGGCCUAACAGCUUGUUACUGACAGAAAAGUGCUAAGUGGACAUAUUUGCAUACUUCUGCUUUGUUACUUUCAGUUCUAGUUUUGAAUAUUUUGUCCGUUUUGUUAAUUUCAGUUCAGUUUCUUUAUAUAGCAACAUUUAACAUGUGCUGUCAAUAGACUUGACAAGAUAAACUGCUUCAGUUAAAGGUAUAGCGGACGAUCUUCUUUCGGAUCAAGUUCCGGGCGGAUCAUCUUAUCUAUUCAUUGUCACACAUGUCAAUACAUCAGUGUGAAGUACUCGCCUAACACCAAUGUGCGUGCUCGUUCCCUGCUAGUUUCCUCUUGCUGCGCACUUCUAGCGUUUAUGUAUCUGGUUAUCUUCGGUGUUAGCCAUUCAUUGUAGCACCGCUGCUCUCACCGUACACUUUGAAAAUGGCUGAGAGCUACAAGAAGCAAACUGUCUUACAAGUUUAUGAGAAGAGGAAGGCCUCAGUAGAAAGAAAUAAGACCAGAGUGGAUUUGGGAGAUUUGUUUUUACCUACAUUUCAGGAACAAUAGUGUAAUUUCAGUUCCAGAUGAGGACAUGGUUUGCAUAUGGGAAUAUUAAUGUAACAUUUAACUGAAAGAUCUAUACAGCACAGCUGGUAAAGAGAAUGGCUCUGCAGCAAACAGCUCCAGGAUGGAGGGCUCGUUUUGGGUUUGACCUUCAACUUCUAGAUCUAGGCUUUCAGCUCUGCACAAAUAUUGUUUUGCUUGGCUUUAUCAUUUACACAAGGUCUAUUUUUAGCUUGUCUAUGCACUUCAAUGUCUGUAAUUUAAGUUAACCUGUACUGUGUAUCAAUAAAGUUUCCUUCACGUGCCCUGAAAAGCUGAACCACA